GAAAUAUAAACACCUGCAAUCAACACCACACCCGUCACGAUUGUACAUAAUAGCCAACUACUUCAGGUGACACAUGGUCAAGUAAAAUAGAAGACAAGGAGAUUCUUCGUCCGCCGAAUAAUUUUCAAGUGUGCAGUUAUUUCGAAAGUUUAAGCCAUUCUAAUCAACCAUGAAAAGCGCAUAUAAAUAUCCAGAUGGGAGCGAGUACAAUGGGGAGUGGUCGGACAAUGGACAGCGUGAAGGAUACGGUCACAUGAAAUUUCCAGAUGGUGCACAGUACUAUGGGAAGUUUGUGAACGGACUAUGUGAGGGACUCGGUGUCAUGGUGUUUUCUGAUAAUUCAAGGUUUGAAGGAGAGUUUCAGCAAGGGAAGUUCAGUGGAUUGGGAGCGUUCUUCAGGUGUGAUGGGAUGAAAUUUGAAGGUGAAUUUCAAGACGGCAAGAUCCGUGGUCAAGGUAUUGUGACCUUUCCUGAUGGAACACACGGCAUCCCAAGAAAUGAGGGUCAGUUUGAUGGAAACAAAAUGGUGCGACGAGAAAAAUGUUUGGCAACUAUUCAGAAAGCGAGACAAGUUGCUAAUCAUGCUAAAAGUCAGAGUCAAUAAGGAUGCUGCAUUUGGCAAACAAUGUUCCAUUAUGGUGCUUAAUCUUGAAUGCCAAGGUUAAAAAAGUUAUUUUCAACGAAUUCCAUGUACAAACUAAAAACUUAUCCAACGAUCAGAUUCAUUUAAAUACAUGUAUUACUCGUAAUAUCAGAGUAUGAAGUAACAUGGAAGCAACCUACAUGUACAUCAUUUCCCAUUUUUUACAGGACAAUGUAGAUUGUCUCCCUUUUAUAUGUUGUUCUUAGAUCAAACUCAAAACCAAGCAUAAUACUAUUUAUGUUUAAAUAUAUAUCCUUUAUGGAAAUGAACAAAUUUUGUACUUGACAAAUGAAUUAGUGGAAAUAUUGUGUUAGAAAGUGUAGUAACAAUUUUGGUGAAAUACUAUAUUGUCUGGUGGUAUGUAUGUAGAAACAUAUAUUCAACUAAAUUCUGCACUUAAAAAUAUAUAUGUUCCCAAGGAAAAGAGAGAGGAAGAGAGAAAUAGAGAGAGAGGGAGAUGUAAUACACAAGGUUAUACAUUAAUAUAUAUAUCAUAUCUUCUAAGAUUUUAUAUACUAUAAACAUUCCACAUCAGUUACAAUGUUUUGACAUAAAUGAGGAUCUCCCUAUUAUCGUCAAGCUCAAUAUAUGUAUAAUUUGUCGUUUUCAAUAGAGUUUACAGGUUCAAAACAAUUGUCGCUAACAUGAAACAAAAGCAGAUCUUUCUUUAUUGAAAAACAAUAACAAUAUGUUGUUUUCGAAAUACUUUCGGGAUUCGAUUAACAAAAACAUUGGUGUGCAGUUCCAAACUGCCCGUCUAAUGACAGUGCACCAAUCAGUAGAUAUCCCUUUCAUGAGGAUGUAAAAUUUCAGCCAUUGUUUUUCUUUGGAGAUAUCCUUACUUCAUUGCCUAUCGCACUCAGAUAUUCUGAUGUCAGUGUUUGUCAAUAAUGUUAAGAUAUCGGAACACCUUUUCUUGUCUUGUUGAGAUAUCCUGAUUUCAUUUGAUUGUUAAGUUUAGAUAUCCUGAUGUCAUUUGAUAUCAGGUGGAGAUAUCCUGAUGUCAUUUGAUAUCGGGUGGAAAUAUCCUGAUGUCAUUUGAUAUCGGGUGGAGAUAUCCUGAUGUCGUUUGAUAUCAGGUGGAGAUAUCCUGAUGUCGUUUGAUAUCAGGUGGAGAUAUCCCGAUAUCAUUUGAUAUCGGGUGGAGAUAUCCUGAUGUCGUUUGAUAUCGGGUGGUGAUAUCCUGAUGUCAUUUGAUAUCAGGUGGAAAUAUCCUGAUGUCAUUUGAUAUCGGGUGGAGAUAUCCUGAUGUCAUUUGAUAUCGGGUGGAGAUAUCCUGAUAUCGUUUAAUAUCAGGUGGAGAUAUCCUGAUGUCAUUUGAUAUCAGGUGGAGAUAUCCUGAUGCCAAUGGUUGUCAAGCUGAGUUAUCAUCAUCAAAGAGGUUGUCAAUUUGAAAAGUAAAAUGUCAUGAUUUUCAAAAGUUGAGAUAUCAGUAAUGUAUAUUAUAUAUGUUGUACAUUUUAAUGUUUUUGUUUGGAAUAUUUAAAAUUAUGUGAAAUGUUAUGUAAUGAUGUUACACAUUUUAUUUGUACAUUUUGCAGUUUACAAACAGUUUCACCAAAGUGUUUUUUUUAUACUACUACACAUGUAAUAAAAUCAGUGAGAAUGAU